AUGGCGGAGGACUCAGGCGCCAUCCUCCGCCACAUCUCCUCCCUCAAGGACAUGCUUGACAAGGUCAAUGAAGAGAUUGAACAGAAUAUACAAAGGACCAGGGAAACAGAGUCAGAAAUAGUGAAGCAUUCUGAAACUGAAAAGGACUAUCUCGUGAAGGAGUCUGAGCUAAUGAAAGGAGUAUCGGUUGCUGAGUUUGAACUUGAUGGGCUUAUGCAAGUGGAAGCUGCUGGAACAGAUUCACUUAAAGCGAUGGAGGACAAUUUGGAAUUCCAGAAAGCUACUCUGAAUGCAAUUAGGAAACUAUUCUAUGAUAAAAUGGAAAGGUUCAUCGCUGAAUCUAAAGACUUCCAAGUUAAUAUGCUUGGAGGUUCAAUUGAGGAUUUACCUCUCCUACUAAAGGAAAGAGAUUCACUAGAGAAUGAGAGUGAGAACUUGAGAAUGAAGAUCAACGCCAUACAAAGUUCAUCAAAGGAAUACAUUGCUGAGAUUCUUGAGGAGGUAAAUGUGGAAAAUUCAGUUCUGGAGUCUGAUGUACACUAUAGGAUUUCGGAAUACAUGGAAAUUCUCAAGGAUAUAAACAACCUGAAGAUUCUAUUUAGUUCGAGCAAUUCUUAA